AUGCCGGCUGGGGGAGAGGGAAGGUUAUUCAUUUAUUUAUUCCUGUUUGUUUCUUUUGUUCUGAUAUGUGUAUAUAUAUUUUAUUUUUUUUUAUCUAUUAAACAAAGGUGUCAGUAUGGAUGGCAAGGCCAGUACUGUGAUAAGUGCAUUCCACACCCAGGAUGUGUCCAUGGCACUUGCAUUGAACCAUGGCAAUGCCUCUGUGAAACCAACUGGGGUGGUCAGCUCUGUGACAAAGAUCUGAACUACUGUGGAACCCACCCACCCUGUUUGAAUGGUGGUACCUGCAGCAACACUGGCCCUGAUAAAUACCAAUGUUCCUGCCCUGAGGGCUACUCUGGACAGAACUGUGAAAUUGCGGAGCAUGCCUGCCUCUCUGAUCCGUGCCACAAUGGAGGAAGCUGCCUAGAAACGUCUACAGGAUUUGAAUGUGUGUGUGCACCUGGCUGGGCUGGACCGACUUGCACUGAUAAUAUUGAUGAUUGUUCUCCAAAUCCAUGUGGUCAUGGAGGAACUUGCCAAGAUCUAGUUGAUGGAUUUAAGUGUAUUUGCCCACCUCAGUGGACUGGUAAAACAUGCCAGCUAGAUGCGAAUGAAUGUGAGGGCAAACCCUGUGUCAAUGCCAACUCCUGCAGGAACCUGAUUGGCAGCUACUAUUGUGACUGCAUUACUGGCUGGUCUGGCCACAACUGUGAUAUAAAUAUUAAUGAUUGUCGUGGGCAAUGUCAGAAUGGAGGAUCCUGCCGGGACUUGGUUAAUGGUUAUCGGUGCAUCUGUUCACCUGGCUACGCAGGAGAUCACUGUGAGAAAGACAUCAAUGAAUGUGCAAGUAACCCUUGCAUGAAUGGGGGUCACUGCCAGGAUGAAAUCAAUGGAUUCCAAUGUCUGUGUCCUGCUGGUUUCUCAGGAAACCUCUGUCAGCUGGAUAUAGACUACUGUGAGCCAAAUCCUUGCCAGAAUGGUGCCCAGUGCUUCAAUCUUGCUAUGGACUAUUUCUGUAACUGCCCUGAAGAUUACGAAGGCAAGAACUGCUCCCACCUGAAAGAUCACUGCCGCACAACUCCUUGUGAAGUAAUCGAUAGCUGUACAGUGGCAGUGGCUUCUAACAGCACACCAGAAGGAGUUCGUUACAUUUCUUCAAAUGUCUGUGGUCCUCAUGGAAAAUGCAAGAGCCAAGCAGGUGGAAAAUUCACGUGUGAAUGCAACAAAGGAUUCACUGGCACCUACUGUCAUGAGAAUAUCAAUGACUGUGAGAGCAACCCCUGUAAAAAUGGUGGCACUUGUAUUGACGGUGUAAACUCCUACAAAUGUAUUUGUAGUGAUGGAUGGGAAGGAACAUAUUGUGAAACAAAUAUUAAUGACUGCAGUAAAAACCCUUGCCACAAUGGAGGAACUUGCCGAGACUUGGUCAAUGACUUCUUCUGUGAAUGUAAAAAUGGGUGGAAAGGAAAAACUUGCCACUCUCGUGACAGCCAGUGUGAUGAGGCAACAUGCAAUAAUGGAGGAACAUGUUAUGAUGAGGGGGACACUUUCAAGUGCAUGUGUCCUGCAGGAUGGGAAGGAGCCACUUGUAAUAUAGCAAGGAACAGCAGCUGCCUGCCAAAUCCCUGUCACAAUGGUGGUACCUGUGUAGUCAGUGGGGAUUCUUUCACUUGUGUCUGCAAGGAGGGCUGGGAAGGACCCACAUGUACUCAGAACACAAAUGACUGCAGUCCUCAUCCUUGUUACAACAGUGGUACUUGUGUGGAUGGAGACAACUGGUACCGCUGUGAGUGCGCUCCAGGCUUCGCAGGUCCUGACUGUAGGAUCAACAUCAACGAAUGUCAGUCUUCACCCUGUGCCUUUGGGGCUACUUGCAUAGAUGAAAUUAAUGGAUACCGUUGCAUUUGUCCACCGGGUCGCAGUGGUCCAGGAUGCCAGGAAGUUACAGGGAGGCCUUGCUUUACCAGUAUUCGAGUAAUGCCAGACGGUGCUAAAUGGGAUGAUGACUGUAAUACUUGUCAGUGUUUGAAUGGAAAAGUCACCUGUUCUAAGGUUUGGUGUGGUCCUCGACCUUGUGUAAUACAUGCCAAAGGUCAUAACGAAUGCCCAGCUGGACAUGCUUGUGUUCCUGUUAAAGAAGACCAUUGUUUCACUCACCCUUGUACUGCAGUGGGUGAAUGCUGGCCUUCUAAUCAACAACCUGUGAAGACCAAAUGCAAUUCUGAUUCUUAUUACCAAGAUAACUGUGCCAACAUCACCUUCACCUUUAAUAAGGAAAUGAUGGCACCAGGCCUUACCACGGAGCACAUUUGCAGUGAAUUGAGGAAUCUGAAUAUCUUGAAGAAUGUUUCUGUUGAAUAUUCCAUCUAUAUUACCUGUGAGCCUUCACACUUGGCAAAUAAUGAAAUACAUGUUGCUAUUGUAAGUAUUCCUGGAACAUUUCUAAAUGUCUUAGUAGUUAAUCGCUUGGAUAUAUGUGUAACAUGUGGAUUUCAUAAAAAUCGUAAUUCAUGGCUUUGUCAGCACUUCUUAUGGUUUAGUUUUCAUCCCAGUCCUCUUUUAAAGACAGGGAAGAAAUCUUGGUUACAUGUGCAUAUCUGAAAGCUAUCAUCUGGCAGCAACUGUAAUAGGGCAGUAAACCAUUUUCUAUUAUACUCUCUUGAGCACUGUUCGUUUGUUUUGUUCAUGUUAAAGAUAAUGGGGACUGAAGUUCUGCAAUAUUAUUUUCUUCCUGUAAUUGGGAUUUUUGUUUUUUUUUCCUGU